UAUCUGUCAAAACUAUUGAGAAGUAAACAUACGUAGCCCUGAGUGUUUAUUAUUCUGGUUUGUUUGAAUUCCACCUGUGUUAAAAUUACUCGGUGUCAUGGAGAAAAUUAAUCUAAACUUAUCAACGCGACCGAAGCUGAGCAUCCUGGACAAACCCUUGAGUCGUGGCAAGGGCGAAGUGUCGCUCAGUUGCUAUGCACUGCUGUUUUCCGAAGUGAUCCAGUAUUCGCAGAGCCGCGUGAACACUAUCCCCGAUCUGCAGAACCGGCUCCACGAUUUAGGCAAAGACAUUGGAUGUCGAAUUAUUGAUCUGUACUUUGUUCGGGAACGAAGCUCCAAACGUGAAACCAAAUUGAUCAAUAUGCUGCUGUUUAUCAAAACAACGCUUUGGAAGACACUAUUCGGCAGGGAAGCGGACAAGCUGGAGCAUGCGACCGAUGAUGAGUGCACGUACUACAUCAUCGAGCGGGAACCACUGGUCAACAAAUUUAUCAGCGUGCCCAAAGAUAAGGGUUCACUGAAUUGCGCUGUCUUCGUUGCUGGCAUCAUCCAGGCGGUGCUGUCGAACUGUGGCUUUACAUGUCAAGUGUCGGCGCACUGGCACAAAGGCACCACGUACAUGGUGAAAUUCGAGGAUCACGUUAUCAGCCGAGACAAACAGCUAGAAGAGAAAUAAACAACCAAAGCUUCUCGUACCCGUGACUAAA